AUGGCAACGGUUCUCCGCCUUGGUAGAAAAGGUGGAAAGGUCAGUUCAUCUCCUGCUGUUGCCCCACAGGUAGUUUCCCCGGGAAGUGCCGUUUCUCCUGCCUCACUGCAAACACCUGGAGAGAAUACUACUAUAAUAAGUGAUCCUAAUGCAGCACAUCCAUUUGAUCCUGAUCACAUGCUGGGAAAUGCGAAAAAGUCUACCACGAGUGAAACUAAUGUUCUUCAAUUUGAUGUGGAUGCUAUUCAACACAUAUGUAAGGGUGUUAUUGUGGGAAGGAUGAAACAAGUACGAACAACAACGCGUCAACCACAGGCUAGGAAAGCUGAAGUUAUGGGAAAGUUAAAAAAUGCUCUUAUGGCUCAGAAAACAGGACCAACAUUACCAAAAUGUGUUUUGGGAAUGGAUAAAUUUAUUGACCACAAUAUUGUGGUGGCACGUAAAUCACAAGAAGCACUUAUUAUGGCAGUUGCUCUUUCUACUAUGAAACCAGGAUCUAAAGUGCUUGUGGUGGUGCCAAAAUACUUUGAAGUAAACCCUGUUAAAACAUACCUGAAUUCUUUAGAAGUUGAAGGUAAAAAAGCAGUGGUGGGAGAAUUUUGUGGUCAAACAUUUGAAGGAACUGCAUCAACACCUUUAUGGGUUACAAGUGCAGAAAUGGCACUUUUAUAUUUGACAAAGUUGCAUAAUAUUGCUCCUUUUACGCAUGUAGUUGUGCCAGGAUUAACUAAUACAACUCCACUACUAUCUUGCUUUGUAAAAGCGCUUGGAAAAUGGAUGUUAAAUAAUAACAGUGAUUCUCAAUUAUCACGACUUGUUUUAACUCCAGAACGAACUAAUCAUAGUGAGAUAGAAAAAAUGUUUGAAGGACUUAAAAUAGCUUUUCUUGAUAAUGAAGUUCCACAAACAACUGAAUUUUCAUACGGUGAGACAUGUGCUUUGGUUGGAAAAGAAAUGAUGGAAAUGGAAAAAGAUUCUACUGGAAAUUUUCCUGGACCUACAAAAAGACUGAUUGACUACGUAGCUCAAGUUGCAGCAGAAGUAGUAGGAGAAAUUAUUAGAGAAAGUAAAGAACCUCAAGUAAUUGUAAUAUUUACAGCUGAAGCACGUGAAGUUCUUACUGCAUUACAGAAUAUGCAUCUUGAAAGUUGUGCUGUAUAUUCUGGAUUGAAAAGUACAGAAGAAACCACAGAUACCAGACAUCGUGUGUAUGUAUUAAAUCAUGUACGUCACACAUUGGAUGCGGAUAUGGAGUAUACAAUGGUAUUGGAUAUGGGUACUAUUCGUAGGGCAACCGUGCAGCAUAAGUCUGAGAGUUUCAUGGCUUCCAGCACAACAGAAUGGAUGACAAAGACAGAACGAGCUGAACGUUUGUCUUUACUUGAUGGAAAGAAAGAAUAUUGUUAUUUUGCUUUAUAUCCAGAUGCAGUUGCGGCAGCAUUUCGUGAAAAUGUUAAUUCUACACCUGAUCUUUUUAGUGUAGAAGAUGCUUUUCUUCAAUGUGCACGACUUAAUCUUUCUAUGAAUGAAGUACUUUCUUAUCUUCCUCAUAUUCCACCGGAUACAGUGGAGCAAGUUAUGCAUAACCUCGCUGAAAAGUGUAUGAUUGCCCAUUCCCAAAAUCUUGCCAUUACUUUUAUGGGUGAAAUGGCAGCUAGAUUACCUGUGGAAUUGGAUAUUGCCUCUUUUAUUAUUGGUGGUUGUAAUGUUGGUCUUGGUGAAGCAGCUUUAGCUAUUGGUAGCGUAGCCGCAUUGCCUUUUCGAUCUACUACUCCCUUAACAUAUGACAGCAAUCGAUGGAAUGAAUGUACGAUGCAAAGUCGAGAAAAAUAUGGUGAUGGUAUUGCUCGUCAUAGUGAUCUUCUUGCUGAUACUUUGGUAUUUAUUGAAUGGUUAAAGUUACGUUCUCGUGGAGAGUCUACUUCUGCAUUUUUGGAUGAAAUUCUUGUUCAAGAAUUUAAAUUAACUAAAAUAGAAGGACUUAUGAAUUAUAUGAGAGAACAAUUAACCAAUUAUCUUCAUUUGGAUCGCUUUAAUACAUUAUCAGCUCUAGAAAAUGUAACCGUAUCUGUAAAGGAAAAUUCAACUAUUUUCUUAUUACUAGAAUCGGUUGCAUUAGCACGACGAGCAGCAUUUAUUCGAGAUGCUGGUCACUUAAAUGAAAAAGAUCGUUAUGCUUCUAUGGCGUUUGUUCGUACUUCAAAACGUUUGGUAUCCCAUACCUUUAUUCCAUCAUCUAUAAAAUGGGAUACUGGACGAACGUUAAUUCCUGUCAUUCUUAAGAAUAGUAAUACUAUUCUUGCUGGACUUUUUUCACUUAUUCACACACCAUACUUUUUCGCCUCAUUAUUAUUACUUUACCCACAAGUAGAGUAUUCCUCACCUGUUUCUACGGAAAAGGGUAAUAAUGUAUACUUUGGUGUGUUAUGUAAUCGACAGAUGAAACGUUUUACAGUUCCUAUUGAAGAAGCUGUUCAAAUUCUUGAUUUUCGAGAGAAGGUAAAUAUAGCACUUGGUUGUAUGCAAACACUUCGUACCCUUCCUAAUCCCGUUUCCCGAACCAAAUUUGCCCUCCUUCUAAAAGAACAUGAUCGUUUAUUUGAUCUUGAACGAUUACAAAAAGAUAUUCGACGUCAACUCCUUGAACUCGUCACGGAGCUUACGGUGAUGGAGCAUCAAGGGAGUUUUGAAACCCUCGACACGCACUGCACGGCACCAAAGGAGUUAUUCCCUAUUUCGGAUGUCCCGGCGAUGGACGUGGCGAUGCUGCGCCGCUUUGCAGAUCAGUCCCUGUGGGAACAACCGCCGUUUACACACACCGCCAACACUCCCGGAUCUGUGGAGAUGGUCGGAGGGACGUGUGCCACUCCGGUGGAUGUCGUGAUUCCCGCCGUGCCCGCGUGCGUGUAUGAGGAUGACGAUGAGGAUGAUGUGGAAAUUAUUCAGGAGUCGUACUUUAUGCAGCAUGGUCCACUCAUUGAGAGUGACGACGAGGAUUAA